UGGACGAAAUUCUCGAAAUCCCAAGUUGAACGCCGUUUACCAACGACCUUUUUUUUCCCUUCACCCAAUCACCCCGACCACGUCCUGAUUACCAAAAUUCUGGGAGACUGUCAAAAUGUCUAAGAUCACAGUCGCUAACGUCCGGACGCAAGUCACCGAGCUCCUUGAGUACUCUAACGAGACCAAGAAGCGUAACUUCCUCGAGACCGUCGAACUCCAGAUCGGUCUUAAGAACUAUGACUCUCAGCGUGACAAGCGUUUCUCUGGCACCAUCAAGCUGCCCUCCGUCCCCCGCCCUAACAUGAGCAUUUGCAUCUUGGGUGACCAGCACGAUCUCGAUCGUGCCAAGCACGGUGGUGUUGACGCCAUGUCUGCCGAUGACUUGAAGAAGCUUAACAAGAACAAGAAGCUCGUCAAGAAGCUCGCCCAGAAGUACGAUGCCUUCAUCGCUUCCGAGGCCCUCAUCAAGCAGAUUCCCCGUCUCCUCGGUCCCGGUCUGUCCAAGGCCGGCAAGUUCCCUACCCCCGUCUCCCACAACGACGACCUUAGCGGCAAGAUUGUCGACAUCAAGUCCACCAUCAAGUUCCAGCUCAAGAAGGUUCUCUGCAUGGGUGUCGCCGUUGGUAACGUCGAGAUGACCCCCGAGCAGCUCGUCGCCAACAUCAUGCUUGCCAUCAACUACCUCGUCUCUCUUCUCAAGAAGGGCUGGCAGAACGUUGGCAGCUUGACCAUCAAGGCUUCCAUGUCGCCCCCCAAGCGCCUGUACUAAGCCUGUCGAUGUGUUUGGCUGAGAGUCCUUGGACGGCGUCUAUGUAAAGAGUGGCCUGUGUUUAUAGAAAUAGCGACAUGAAAUACUGUUGCGUUCGCUAGCUUCUCCAAUAUACAAAGUUCAGGGUGAUUUUUCAAUGGUUUAUUUAUAACCGUGAUUAUAAACAUGUACCAUUGUUUUAAAUGAGACGAGGGUGUAUAAUUUGCGUCGUGUUAGUGAUGCGAUGUUGAGAACUUUUACGCCACUAGCAGCUUUUUGUUACUCGCCACGCGACGAGCCCGCGGCGGCCAACGACUCUUGUUAGCGUGUUCCACACACCGUCGUCGCCAAAGUCAAGAUCGUCCAGGUUCAGGUGCUGGCGGUACCGCCAAACUUCACGGAACCGCAAACCUUGCAAACCUUUAUUCGGUAGAUGCUGAUCGAGCCAAGUAGCUGACGCGGGCGCAAUAAGGUAAGUACCAUUUUUUUCUUUGAGGUAUUCCUGGUUGCGACGGUCGGCGGGGGUGUCACAUGUGGCCAGCGAAGUCAGCUGGUUUAGCAGCGCCUCGCCUUUCAUACCCAUGACAUCUUUGGUCUGCAAAACUUCGUUUUUGCCAUCCAGCAGCCAAAUAGGUGGGGAGUAUGUUUUCCACCAAAUAGCAUUUGUCGCAUCCGGUUGGUUGCUCAUGAACACCUGGCCUGGGACAAUGCCGCCCUGGUGAUAUAUUCCCAUGAGCAGUCCUAGUGCCAAGUUGAAUGCUAUCCAUGACCCAACCCAGACGCGAAGGACGGUUUUGUUUGAUGGUAAUCGCACUGAUGAAAGGAUCAGCGGUACUGUAGGUAGCAGGAAGCGGGCUUCCUGGUGCUGGAAAAUAGAGAGCACUACUAAGCCGGAGAUGGCUGAGUAGAGCCUGAUGGAGAGAUGUGGUCUCGUGAAUAAUAAAACAGCCCCGGGGCCAAGAAGAAGGGGGAUAUUGGCCAACAGAUGCUGGUACCAAGGGUGCAGGCCAUGCUGGGCGAGAUUCUCGGUGACUGAGUUGUAAUAGAAGUUAUUGAGUGGUGUAAUGACGGGUCGGUAGAGUAAAUCGGCCCAGGUAAUAGGAGUUGCGGAAUAGA